AGUAGUACCACUCUUCUUUCAGACAAUACGUGUCUGGCUGUAAAUUGCCUGUCCACCGCCAGCAGACUGUUGGAGAACUUAAAUCUGUCCGGCGAUCCAUGCGAUAAUUUCUACAAUUUCGCCUGCGGUUCAUACGCCUCCAAGAACGAGAUUCCUCCAGACGCCGACAUGUGGUCCAGGCUGAGAAGGGUCAGGCAGCGGUUGAUGCUCAUGCGGCGCAAAGAAUUGGGUAUAAAUAUUUUUUUAUUCCUUCCUGUUACGGGGCCUAAAUGCCUAAAUUAG